AUGAAGGUGAUUGCGAUGUUCUGGUCCAUCUCCUUGCUCCUCCAGCCGAGUCUGACCUCUACCGCGCUGGCAGCACAAAACCCGCGCGUGCAGGUGGCGCUCACUCUCCAGCAUCCGGUGAAUGGUGUGAGCACGACGCCAGACGGCCGUCUAUUCGUCCUAUAUGCUCGCGUCGACGGUUCAACAGGGCCCCAAGUUGCCGAGUGGCACAACGGUAGCAGUCCCACGCCAUAUCCCAACCAAGAAUGGAACUCGUACGCAGGCGGCAAAGAUCCAGCAACGCACCUGGUCCGCACCAACUCGCAGCGCAUCGGACCGGACGGGACAUUGUGGCUUGUCGAUACCGGGUCUCCGGGGUUCGGAGAGCCGGUCAUUCUACCAGACGGACCGAAACUGGUGCAAGUGAAUCUGACCACGGACAGUGUGACUAGAGUCUACAAUCUCGGCAACGUCACUCUCGCAACCAUCCUUAUUGACGACGUGCGGUUCAACCCAGCAGUGGGCCUCGCCUACAUCACCGACGCCGGCGCCCCAGCGCUGAUUGUGCUCGACCUGGACAGCAGCCAAGCCAGACGUGUUCUCGAGAACGACCCCACCAACGAGGCUUUCUACAACUCCUCCCUCGCCAGCGUGCUUGCCCAGUAUCCCGAACCGUAUGCCCUGACCCCGUCUACCGGCGGCACCGACAUCGACGCCGAAGGAAACAUCUACAACAGCGACACUAACAGACAGGCGAUCAUCAAGAUAGCGCCGAACGGCACAUGGACUACAUUGGUUCAAGACUCCCGGUUGUUGUGGGUAGAUGCCAUGUGGAUCGACACCGAUGGCAAACUAUGGAUGCCAGCUGCCCAGUUGAACCGUGGCACGCCAUUCAACAACGGAUCGAGCUGGAUCCAGAAGCCUCUGUAUGUCUAUACGAUCGAUCUUGGCGUUGGGCCGUCGCCUAUCGACCACGCUUGA